CGGCUCUUUGAACCGGCUCGUUCGCGACCAACACAUCACUAGUGUGUUUCCUCUUUCCAUCAUGGAGGUCUCUUCUACAGAAAGCGCGGAAGACGUGAAAAGUGGAAAUACAUCGGACCCAGAGGACGAGAGAUGCUCAGAUAUUGAUUUUGGACCUUCAAAACUCGGGACGAAAGAAUAUUGGGAAGAGGCGUACCAAAAAGAACUUGAGACAUUCACAGACGUUGGGGAUGUUGGUGAGAUAUGGUUUGGUGAGGAGAGCAUGAGCCGUGUGCUGCGAUGGAUGGACAGAGCUGAGAUCCCAGAAAAUGCUGCCAUUCUUGACAUUGGCACUGGAAAUGGAGCCUUUUUAGUUGAACUGGCUGGACAUGGAUACAGGAAUCUAACUGGUAUAGAUUAUUCUGCAGCAUCUGUUGAAUUGGCCAGAAACGUUCUGCAGGCGGAGGACUUAACGGAUGUCACUUUAAAGGAGAUGGAUUUCUUAAACUGCGAAGGGAAGCUAAAGGGUUUUGAUGUCUGCAUCGACAAAGGAACAUUUGAUGCGAUAAGCUUGAACCCAGACAACUCCAAGGACGGCAAGAAACUCUAUGUCCAAGCUGUAAAAGACGCUCUCAAGGACAAAGGGUUCUUCGCUAUCACUUCCUGUAACUGGACAAAAGAGCAGCUGCUAGACCGAUUCAGUGAAGGAUUUGAGUUUGUGCAGGAGUUGCCUACACCGAGUUUCCAGUUUGGAGGCAAGACGGGCAACACUACGACAGCACUCAUCUUCAAGCGAGUACAUUGAUCCACAUGUGCCUCGGAGGAUACUUGUCCUUUUUGUGCCAUCAAUUCUGCAGUUUGUUUUUUUAAUUA